AUGGCACCCAUAGGUACAACCCUCUUUCUUAUACUAGUCCACAUUUGGUUUUACGCCUUAUUAUUCAUUUCGAACGAAUGCAAAGCCGUAAGGCCUGCACCAAAGUUCCCGGCCAUUCUAGUCUUUGGGGAUUCAACUGUGGACACAGGCAACAACAAUUACCUCAACACAUCGUUUAAGGGUAACCAUUAUCCAUAUGGCCAAGAUUUUCCAGGUCAUGUUACCACAGGCAGGUUUUCUAAUGGAAAAUUGGUCCCUGACUUCCUUGCUUCCAUGUUAAACAUCAAAGAAACUGUUCCUCCUUUUCUUGAUCCGAGCCUAUCGGAUAACGACCUUGUCACCGGUGUCAGCUUUGCUUCGGGUGGAUCCGGGUUCGACGAUAUAACAGGUGCUGUAGGUGGGAUCAUACCAUUUUCAAAGCAGGUUGAGUACUUCAAGAGAUACAUAGUGAGAGUCCAAGGGAUUGUAGGGGAAAAGGAAGCAAAGAAGUUGAUUAGUAGUGCAGUGAUUGUAAUCUGUGCUGGGACUAAUGACUUUGGUUUUAAUUUCUAUGACCUCCCCACAAGAAGGUUGGAGUUCAAUAUUAGCGGCUACCAAGAUUUUCUGCAGAAUAAACUGCAUAAGUUCAUUGAGGAACUAUAUGAGCUUGGAUGCAGAAGAAUGACCAUAGCUGGGCUUCCUCCAGUAGGUUGCCUACCUAUACAAAUGACUGCAAAAUUUGAAAGGCCGCACGAUAGAAGAUGUAUAGAGGAAGAAAAUUUAGACGCCCUUGUAUACAAUAAGAAGCUUGCAAGACUCUUGCCCACAAUACAAUCACUGCUGCCAAGGAGCAAAAUUGUGUAUGCAGACGUGUAUGAACCUAUAACCGAUAUGAUCGAUAAUCCACAAAACUUUGGUUUUGUGGAAACAAAGAGAGGCUGCUGUGGUACUGGGUCAGUGGAAGCAGGGCCCUUCUGUAAUGCAUUAACAGCAGUAUGUGAUAAUGCCUUGGAGUACUUGUUUUGGGAUGGCAUACAUCCAAGUGAAGCAGCAUAUGAAUACAUUUCAAAAUACCUGGAGAAAAACGUUGUUCCCCAGCUUCUGGAUUACAACAAUAAAUCUUGAUCGUUAGUUACUUAAUCUGACCGGACAGGAUGACAGUGAUGAACAAGUUCCAAACCUUGCGUAACAAGGAACCAAGUCGACGAAGCACUGCUGAUUAUGUUUACAUCUGUUCAUAUAGACAUAAUACUGUGGAUUUCUAUAUUUAGAAGCGAAUACAUGAUAAAGUAAAUGUGAUGCAAAUCAUUGUAAUGCCAUAAACAGAACCUGUCAUCGAGUACUUUACUUCUAAAAUUUGUUUCUCAUUUCUAGG